AUGGCGGGUUUACCGACCCGGUUGAUAACCGCAUCAACCUCCUCCCUCCAUACGGCAUUCCGAGGACUAUCCUUGAACACCACGAUAAAGCGCAAUUUCACGACUUCCUUGUCUCUACAAAAAGUCAAGACGAUACCGGAACAUAUUCCGCCUUAUCCCUACGAACCGAACCGCGUAUAUAAGCAAGCAGACAGCGGUCUGUACGGCGGUGUCUCAAUCAGUUUCGGCAACAAGAUCUCCAAGGGCAGAAAUAAAGGCAAAACACGACGUUCAUGGAAACCUAACGUACGAUGGAAGAAAAUGCCCAGUGAGGCAUUGGGAGAGGACGUCUUUGUCAAGCUCACGCGAAAGGCGUUGAGGACGAUUCGGAAAUGCGGUGGAUUGGACAAUUAUCUUCUGUCUGAUAAGCCAUCGAGGUUAAAAGAGCUGGGGUUGGCGGGAUGGAAGUUGAGAUAUCGGAUCAUGCAGUCUCCGGCUAUGAAGAAGAAGUUUGCUGAAGAGAGAGAGAAGUUGGGUAUUUCAAAGGCUCCCGCUACCUUUGAAGAAUGGCUCAAGGCGAAACAAUUGACUGAGGCUACAUCCAUUGUUGAGGCUGUUGAUGAUGCCAGAGAAGUUGCCGAAACUCUAGAGGAGACGCCUGCCAACGAGGAGACAUCCGAGCCGGAGAUCUUGAAGGAGGGAGAGAAGAAGGAGCAGGCACCGGUGUUGGCAUGA